UUCCUGACGAUCAUCACUGUCGAUCACCCUCCCGAACCCUCAAGGAUCAUCCCAGGACCAUACCCUCUUUUGUCCACCUCCCGAGUCCCCGAACGUCGUCGACAUGUCUAAGGCAUCCGCUCUCCUUGCUACCCUCACGGGCGCGGCCCUUGUCGCGGCCCAUGGUCACGUCAGCCACAUCGUUGUCAACGGGGUGUACUACGAGAACUACGACCCCACGUCGCACUGGUACCAGCCCAACCCGCCGACGGUGAUCGGGUGGACGGCCGCCCAGCAGGACAACGGCUUCGUCGAGCCCAACAACUUCGGCACCCCCGACAUCAUCUGCCACCGGAGCGGCUCCCCCGGCGGCGGCCACGCCACCGUCGCUGCCGGCGACAAGAUCAGCAUCGUCUGGGACCCGGAGUGGCCCGAGUCCCACGUGGGGCCCGUCAUCGACUACCUCGCGGCCUGCAACGGCGACUGCGAAACCGUCAACAAGGAAUCCCUCCGCUUCUUCAAGAUCGACGGCGCCGGCUACGACAAGACCGCCGGCCGCUGGGCCGCCGACGUCCUGCGCGCCAACGGCAACAGCUGGCUAGUCCAGAUCCCGCCCGACCUCAAACCCGGCAACUACGUGCUCCGGCACGAGAUCAUCGCGCUGCACGGCGCCGGCAGCCCCAACGGCGCCCAGGCCUACCCGCAGUGCAUCAACCUGCGGGUAACCGGCAGCGGCAGCAGCUCCCCCAGCGGCGUCGCCGGCACUUCCCUCUACCGCGCCUCCGACGCGGGCAUCCUCUUCAACCCCUACGUCGCCUCGCCCGACUACCCGGUCCCGGGUCCCGCCCUCAUCGCCGGCGCCGCCAGCUCCGUCGCCCAGAGCAAGUCGGUCGCCACCGCCACCGCGUCUGCCACCCUCCCCGGCGGCGGCAACGGUGGCAGCCCCAACCCGCAGCCCACCACUACGGAGAACCCUGCCCCGGGUGUCUCAACCACCACCACGCUGCAGACCAGCAGCACCGCGGCGCAGGUCACGCCGCCGCCGGCGGGCGGCGCCCAAACCCGGUACGGCCAGUGCGGCGGCAGCGGGUGGACCGGCCCGACGGCGUGUGCCGCGGGGUCGAGCUGCUCUGUGCUCAACGACUGGUAUUCCCAGUGCGUGUAAAGGGCCCGGAUUGUUUGUUGGGUGUGGGUGGCGGGUCGGGUGUAUGAUGUUGCGACGGGUGGGGUGGAUGUAGGCGCGGGGUAUUG